AUGGCUGUUCUCUCUCAAGACGAGGUAAACAGAGGUCUCAGCAUCAGAAGGGCCACAGUGGAAGAUUUGUCCUUUGUGCAAGCCAUUGUCAAUGCCAGCUACUCGAAAUACAUUGAGCGCAUGGGAAAGCCUCCCGCACCUAUGCUCCUCAAUUACACAGUAUUGCCCAAAGGACAGGAUAUCUUCGUUUUGGAGACCAUUUCGGACGACCAAGGCUCGGAAAUUGUUGGCGCCAUUACACUUGCUAUAGAUGAUGCAGGUAGUGCGGUCAAGAUCAGCAAUGUUGUUGUUGGGCCUGCUGCCCAGGGACGAGGAUGCGGUCGUGCGUUGAUGGAUUUUGCAGAGGCGGUGGCGAGAGAAAAGGGCAUCGAUUCGCUGGAGUUGUAUACUAAUGCGAAGAUGCAUGAAAAUAUUAGCUUGUAUCCAAAAUUUGGGUAUAUAGAGACGGGAAGAAGGAGUGAAGAUGGGUACGAUCGAGUGUUCUUUCGGAAGCAGCUGAAGGACUAG